UGAUUAGCCUGUUAACACCUUCAACCAGUUUUCAAUGUCUCUAUUUCGUGCUCGUGAUUGGUGGACAACAAAUGCUGGAAGUGAUGAAAACUUCGGUCCAACAUGUUUAUGCAUUUCCAAUAUUGACAAUAGCAGAGAUAAUUCAGAUAAAAUAAUAACCGGAAGCCAUGAAGGAAUCUUAAGGAUUUAUUCAACAGCAAAUACCCUUGAUGAUAAACGAUUAAAGCCAUUCCAAGCAAAUGAUCUUCUUCUUGAAGUUGACUUGAGACAGCCAAUACUUCAACUUGCUUCAGGCCUUCUUCUUUCUGCCAGUAAAUCACUUCAUUUGGCUGUUUUACAUCCAAGAAAAAUAUCAAUCUACUCAGCAGCAGCGACAAUUGGUGUCACUGAAUAUGGAUCCUCUUAUAAUGUUUUGCUUAUUUACGAACACAAUUUACCACAAAGUGCUUAUAACUUUACUAUUGGACCCUUUGGCCAAAUUAAAGGUCGAGAUUUUCUGUGUGUACAGUCUAUUGAUGGAACCUUAUCGUUUUAUGAACAAGAAAGUUUUGCGUUUAGCCGUCAUUUAACUAAUUUUAUGCUACCUGGUCCUAUUGUUUAUUUACCCACAACCGAUUCUUUUGUUGUUGCCAAUGGAGCCUGGUUUAUUGAAUCGUUUCGCUAUCAAGUGUUGGCUAUUUCAAAGGCAAAUGAUAUUAAGUUGCCAGAUCCCGAUUCUAAUCAAAGAGUCGUCUCUUCAUCUGGUCGUCGUGUAACACCCGAUUGGUCUUUACAAAUUGGUGAACCUUUGAUUGAUCUGCAAGCUCAUACUCUGAGUAAAAAAUUUAGCCUCAUCGUGGCCUUAGGUGAACGUAACUUGUACAUUAUUCGUGAUUCUGGUAUAGUCAGCUGGAUGAAGAAACUAAAUUUCACUCCAUAUUCCCUAACAUCUUAUCUCAAUCAAGCAUCUGACAAUAUUAUUAUUCUGAUUUCAAGCGAAAAUGGCAAUUUACUGAUUUAUUCUGGUAAUAAGUUACAAUGGUCUUGUCAACUUCCAUUUGCUCCUAUUGCUUUGGCUCGUGCUUCGUUUCCUAACAUUCACGGUUCUCUUGUGACUCUUUCUGCCUCAGGGGAAUUAGCUGCUUCAUAUCUUGGAACUAGUCCAUCAGUUACACUCUCAACACCUCGUCAAGAUGAACAAGGAACUUCUUCUCAUCUAACUUACGCCGAGACUGAAGCUGAAUUGACAGAAUUAAGAAAAGUCAUAGCUUCGUUUAAUUCAAACCCUGCAAGUGGAUCAAUGGGAGGUAAUUUUGGCGCUAUAGGAUCUUUAUCAGUGAAAGGAUCAACAAACGAUGACAACUGUGAUAUCAAAGUGACCCUCGGUAAUCUGGUAACAUCGUUAGUUCGAUCAUCGACAGGACCGGCCAUUGAUGAUCUACUUCCAAUGGUUGCUCUAACAAUUUCACUAACCUGCAUAAAUGCUGUAUCAAAUGUAAGAGUUUCAAUUGAAGCUGGAUUACCAAUUGCUUUCGAACCAUCCUUAUUAAAUUAUCCUUCUAUAUUAGCUGGAAAUGAAACUCAAGUAACAACUCUGACGGCCACUUUAUCGAACCUUAUUUUACCGAUUAAUUUAUCUGCAUCGAUACUCAUUACUUACACCAAUGCCUCAGGAAGUCCUCGAGUUUAUCGUAAACCAUUUUACUUACCUUUAUCCUUGAUUUGUCGACUUCAGUCAACAUUAUCUUCGCCUUCAUCUGCCUUACCAUUAUCACCAACCUCUUCAUCUCCAUCAUCUUAUCGUGAUUCAAUGUCUCACAAUGUUGAUAUAGCGUUUGCUGUUCAAAUGCCAGUUGAUUUAAGGAUAAUGUUCAAUGAUCUUGUUUCUGUGUCAUCAAAUCCACGCCAAGCAUCUCCAGCUUCACCUAUACCAACCUCACUUUCAAUUCCUACAAAUGAAUCUAAUAUUGACUCUAAUAAUAUGUCAAUUAGCUUUUACACCGAACCAGCUUCUCAUGUAACUAUUUCAGGUGGAAUAAAAAUGAAAGGUUCUUUAAACAAAAUCAAAUUUCGUUCCAACAAUUUACAUGGUAUUUCAAUAGUUAUCAAUGAAUUUAUCAGCCGAUGUAAAUCAUCUCGCAUCAACCUUGAAGCAAUCUCCUAUGACAGAUCAUCAUUGCCAUUUGAUUUGUAUUUAAAUUGUUUGGAUAAACGAUUCAACCUGCGAAUCAAGAUAAUCAAUCUUUCCAAAAAUCUGGCCACUCAAACAAGUUACUUUCGAGCAGUUCAGAAAAGGUUGUUGAUUAAAUUUAAAGAUCGAAAUCCAACUCCACUAUCUAAUCUUGAUAUUUUACUCGAUGAAAUCUAUUCAAAGAUACUUUAUCUCACCAAUCAGCUUGUCACAACUCAAGGUGAAUUUGAACGAUCAACUAAUCAUUUGGCUGCAUCAACGGAACUUUUUCACAAUUUACUUGAAAUUAUUGGUAAAAUGAAGCCUGAAGAGACAAUGAUUAUGAAAAAUGUUUGGAGCUCAUCAAUUGGAUCUGAUAUUGAUGAGGGUUGGGAGGAAAGAACCGAACUUGCGUUGAAUUCGCUUCUCAAUGAAUCCAAUCGGGAUAAAGAUACAACUGAUGCUCGAUUCACCAAUGGAAACUUUGAAAUGAAAGAUGACUGCGAAAAUUUGAAGAGCUUGUUAACCGCUUAUAUUGAUAAGAUACUUUCAUGUGGAUCAACAGCCAUUACAAAUCCAAAUCUUGAAACCAAAACUCGAGACAUUUCCAAUUCUUCAUCGUUAAUAACAUCAGCUGUUGCCGAAGUCAUCAAUGAAGAUGAAGAUCUGUGAUUUAAAAAACGAUUUUUGAUAAUUCUGAGCAAUUUAUUUCAAUAUUUGAAGUAAAUGUUUUAGAAUUAUUUGAUAAUCAUUUGAAACACAAUUAGAUUUAUUGUUAAAUUUUUAUUUUCAACUUGAUAUUAAUUUUGUUAGUUAAGUUUUCAAUUUUAGGAUUAUCAGAUUUUCAAAAUAUCAAAGCUUCUUUUCUGGUUAGACUGAAAUUUUUGAAAAAAUUAUCUGAAGGGAAUGGGUUUCAUUUCUUGUUUCCUUCAAUUUUUACAAAGACGGAUAACAGAUUCAUUUCCUUGGUUGUUGAAUUGUAUGGUUCUUUGGUGGAGCUGCCC